CAAAGUUUUGUCCUUUGGAACAGCUCCUAUUAUUUCCGCUCUCACGAGCACACUCAUCCCACACUUUCUUUCCACGCAAACUAAAUAACAUUCAAAGCCUUCGUUACAUAAAUUGAGCACAAGCAAUCCAUAACGUAAAGGUGCCCCCACAAACACAACUAACACAACCUUUGCUAAUGAAAAAUAUCUCCUUUUUCAUUUGCAACGGUUGCUUUGAAUGAAGGAAGCAGUAACGGCUAUAUUAUAAUUUGUGAGGAGGCAUUGAUGUGGAAGAACAAGAACACGUGAAGGAGUUUGUGUUGUGUUGUAGAGAGGAAAAAUUAGUGAGAGGGCAAGAUGGAUUUUACUUCGUUCUUGACGUCCCUGGGGACUUCGUUUGUGAUAUUUCUGGUUUUGAUGAUUGUGUUUGCGUUUCUAUCAAGUAGGCCUGGGAACAAUGUGGUGUACUACCCCAACAGGAUCUUGAAGGGGUUGGAAGGAGGGUACAAGAGCCGCAACCCUUUCUCUUGGAUCAAAGAGGCUGUGUCUUCUUCAGAACGUGAUGUUAUUGCCAUGUCUGGGGUCGACACUGCCGUUUACUUUGUCUUUCUCACCACUGUGUUGAGUAUCCUAGUUUUAUCUGGAGUUAUUCUGCUACCGGUUCUUCUGCCUCUUUCUGUUACUGACCAUGGUAUGAAGGCACAAAGUAAGACACAAACAUCUAGCAACGGAACUUUCAGUGAACUCGACAAGUUAUCAAUGGCUAACAUCACGGCAAGUAGUUCAAGGUUGUGGGGAUUUUUUAUUGCCUGUUAUUGGGUCUCAAUUGUUACCUUUGUUCUCCUAUGGAGGGCUUACAAGCAUGUGUCAUGCCUGCGAGCUGAAGCUCUUAAGUCUCCUGAUGUGAAGCCUGAACAGUUUGCUAUAGUUGUGAGAGACAUACCUCAUGCUCCUCAAGGUCAGACUAGGAAGGAGCAGGUUGACUAUUACUUUAGAACCAUCUAUCCUGAGACAUUUUACAGAUCUAUGAUUGUAACAGACAACAAAGAGGCGAACAAGAUUUGGGGGUCAUUAGAAAAGUAUAAGAAGAAGCUUGCCCAUGCUGAAGCAGUAUAUGAAGGGUCCAAAACAACUGCAAAACCAGAAGGAACAAGACCUACAAACAAGACUGGCUUCCUUGGACUUGUUGGUAAAAAGGUGGAUACCAUACAGUAUUGCAAUAAGAAGAUUAAUGAACUCGAGGCCAGAUUGGAAUCUGAGCAAAAGGUCACUCUCAGAGAGAAGCAGCAAGAUGCUGCUGUAGUAUUUUUCUCAAGUAGGGUGGUUGCAGCAUCUGCAUCUCAGAGUUUGCAUGCUCAAAUGGUUGACACUUGGUCAGUCUUUGAUGCUCCGGAACCCAAUCAACUAAUAUGGCCUAAUUUGAAAAUCAAGUACUUUCAGAGAGAGCUGAGGCAAUACUUGGUGUAUUUCAUUGUGGCACUGACUAUAUUCUUCUACAUGAUUCCAAUUACAUUUAUAUCUGCAUUUACUACUUUGGAUAAUUUGGUGAAAUAUCUCCCAUUCAUAAAGCCAAUUGUUAAUAUAAAGGCUUUGAGAACAGUGUUGGAAGCUUACCUCCCUCAACUUGCGCUGAUUAUUUUCUUGGCUUUGUUGCCCAAGUUGCUUCUGUUCUUGUCUAAAUUUGAAGGCAUUCCAACUGAAAGUCAUGCAGUUAGGGCUGCAUCAGGAAAAUAUUUUUAUUUUACCGUACUGAAUGUUUUCAUUGGAGUUACUAUUGGUGGAACCUUGUUCAAAGCAUUCAAGAGAAUUCGGGAGCACCCAACGUUGGAUGAAAUUUCGUCCUUGCUAGCUGAAAGCCUCCCAGGCAAUGCUACUUUUUUCUUGACCUACGUGGCCCUUAAAUUUUUCAUUGGCUAUGGUCUUGAACUGUCCCGAAUAGUUCCCCUUAUUAUCUACCAUUUGAAGAGAAAAUAUCUUUGCAAGACUGAAGCUGAGUUGAAAGAAGCUUGGCGUCCAGGAGAUCUUGGUUAUGGAACUAGAGUUCCUGGUGACAUGCUGAUUGUCACAAUUGUCUUCUGUUACUCUGUUAUUGCUCCUGUGAUAAUCCCAUUUGGUGCUCUAUAUUUUGGUCUAGGAUGGCUUGUUCUGCGAAAUCAGGCACUCAAAGUCUAUGUACCAACAUUUGAAAGUUAUGGAAGAAUGUGGCCACACAUACACAACCGUAUACUAGCAUCUUUGAUAUUAUACCAAAUUACAAUGUUUGGGUACUUUGGGACGCAGAAAUUCUACUAUACACCACUUGUGCUUCCUCUUCCCAUAUUGUCAUUGAUCUUUGGUUUUGUCUGUGCAAAGAAAUUUUACCCCGCCUUUCAACAUCCAGCACUUGAGGUUGCAGCUAAUACACUUAAGGAAGUUCCCAAUAUGGAAUUGAUUUUCAGAGCUUACAUUCCACCAAGCUUGAGGUCUGAGAAGAUAGAUGAUGAUCGGGUUGAAGAUGCAUUGUCUCAAUGUUCGAGAACAGCACCUGUUUGAUGUAAUUAUCUGAAUUUCAACUUGUUUUUACGUGUUAGAUGUAGUCUUGUAGAGAUACUUUUAGAUAUUUUAUUAAUUGUUCAGAAUACGUCAUAGGAACCAGAGGUGUUGAGUGUUGAUGUUGUGAAUGUGAUUGUGUAAGAAAAUGUUGGGUGGUCUCGUAAUAUUUUCUUUUAGUGUGAUGUUUGUUCGACUUGUGAUAGUUGCGGAUCAGUGUUCUCUAUGUAUUCAACAUUUUCUUUAUUUGUUCUGAAUGAGAAUUCAUGACUUUUCAUUGUGUAAAAUUAACAAUGUUGAAUGAUAUGUUCUAAAAGGAGUUUGUGGUA